UGUGAAUAGUUACAAGAGGUAGAGGAGUGAGGAAUGGUUUGUCCCAUAUAAGAAUGUAAAACAAUCUGAUUAUUGCAGUAUUUAGUGUCUAUUUCGUUAUGUUCAUGAUGGUGGUAUUGGCUUGUUGAAUAGUAUGGUAGGUAGAGGAGUGAGGAAUGGUUUGUCUUAAAUGCUUCCGAGGUGUACGCACACUCUUAGCAAAGUUGAGAGCUUUUGAAGGUGAAGUAUGUGUUUGUUUUUUUAGGGUUGAAAGGGCAUCCCGUGUUCUCUUUGUGCUGGUUCUUCUAUUUUUCUGUCUCAAUUAAUUUAUCCACUCUUCUUAAGUCUUUAAUUGUACAAGCUCAAGUCGUUCAAGGGUUUAAGUCUGUAAAGAGGUGUGGUAAUUUUGAAACGUAAAGAAGCUUUAAUUCAUUGGGGUAGAUUUUAUAAUGGGUUUAUUAAGUAUUAUUGUUAGCACUACAUUUUCAAGAGGACGCGAAGAUAAAAGAAAGAAGGCAGACAGAGUUUGUCGUCUUGGCAUUGCUUUACUGAUCAAACAUCUGUUUUCCAGUAUCUCCGUAGUAAAAAAUGGGAUACGAGAGUUGCCGCUGCUCAUGCAGUUGGGGCUAUUGCUCAGAAUAUAAAGCACACAUCCUUGGCUGAAUUAUUUUCUUCCAUAGAAAUGAAAAUGUCUGAGGCUGGAGUUUCCGGUGCUGUUGAAGAUGUGGUUGCAUGGCCUGAUUUUCAAUCAAAGAUCAUAUCAAGUGGUUCAUUUAGAAGUUUUGAUAUAAAUAAAGUGUUGGAGUUUGGGGCUUUAUUGGCGUCCGGAGGACAGGAAUAUGAUGUUGCAAAUGAUAACUCCAAGAACCCGAAGGAGCGGUUAGCUCGCCAAAAACAAAAUUUACGACGCCGUCUAGGUCUGGAUGUUUGUGAGCAAUUUAUGGAUGUUAAUGAAGUAAUAAAGGAUGAAGAUCUUAUUGUGCAAAAAUUACACUCCCAAGGAAAUGGACUGGGUCAUAGAUUUUAUAUGCCCCCAUCUGUACAUAACAUCCAGCAACUUAUGGCAAGUAUGGUCCCCACUGUUGUUUCCAAACGACCGAGUGCAAGAGAACUGAAUCUUUUAAAGCGAAAAGCAAAAAUAAAUUCAAAAGAUCAAGCAAAAGGUUUGCCAGAGGACGGUGAUGCAGAGGCGUCAUUUGUGCAGAGUACAACUCCAAAGACCUCAAAUCAAGAUUCAUUUAUCUCCAGUAAGGUAGAUGCUGAUGAAGACAGUAUGGAGCAUGAUGGAGAUGGGAAGUGGCCUUUUUGCGGUUUUGUUGAACAACUUAUUUUGGACAUGUUUGACCCUGUUUGGGAGGUUCGCCAUGGCAGUGUCAUGGCACUGAGAGAGAUUGUAACACAUCAUGGUGGUUCUGCUGGAGUCUUUAUGCCUGAUUUGAGCUUGGAUGGUGCUCUAGAUGAACUAAAAUAUUUGGAUUACUCAAGUACAUUGAAAAGAGAGAGAGAAUUUGAUUUGAAUACGCAAGUUUCCGUAGAUGAGAUGGAACCAAAUCAGAAAAGAUUGAAGGUUGAAGAAGCAUCAUUUUUGUCAAUGCAUGUCGAGAAUCCUGGUCUCAAUGUUAAGGUUGAAGAUAGCGAAUUAAAUAUCCCUUUGGAGCAGGUUAAUGGUCAGGUUGAUGUUACUUCUGUUAAGCUGGAAUGUCAUACUGACGCUGAUGGUAUAUCUUUUUCCUCAAAAGGCGUUGCUGAUAUAGAGGAACCAAUGGAUUAUUGUGAAGAUAAGAGUUCUUUUGUGAAAUCAAACGUACUGGACAAUGUUCCCGAAAAUUGUGAGCUGAUGAGAUUUACUAAACUCGGUAGACAUUCAUGGAUAAAAAAUAGUGAAUUUCUUCAGGAUUGUGCAAUUCGUUUCCUAUGCAUACUGUCACUGGACCGUUUUGGUGAUUAUGUUUCUGAUCAGGUUGUUGCUCCAGUGCGGGAAACUUGUGCGCAAGCAUUAGGUGCUGGAUUUAAGUACAUGAAUCGGUCUUUAGUUCAUGAAACACUGAAUAUCCUGCUUCAGAUGCAGCGUAGACCAGAAUGGGAAAUUCGUCAUGGAAGUCUUUUGGGUAUAAAGUAUUUGGUCGCUGUUCGUCAGGAGAUGAUGUCCGAUUUAAUUGGCUACAUCUUGCCUGCUUGUAAAGCUGGACUGGAGGACCCUGAUGAUGAUGUUAGGGCAGUUGCUGCAGAUGCAUUAAUUCCGACUGCUGGUGCUAUUGUUUCUUUAAAGGGUCGGACAUUGCAUUCCAUUAUUAUGCUACUUUGGGAUAUAUUACUUGAUUUAGAUGAUCUAAGUCCAUCUACUAGCAGCGUGAUGAAUCUCUUGGCAGAAAUUUAUUCCCAGGAAGCUAUGAUUCCGAGAAUGAUAUCAAAAGAGAAACAAGAGUUAGAUCUGAAUGAAGUAGUUCAUAUUGAUGAUGCUGGAGAAGGAAGAGAUCUGCAGGAGAGUCCUUACAUGCUAUCAACAUUGGCACCCCGAUUAUGGCCAUUUAUGAGGCAUAGCAUCACAUCAGUUCGAUUCUCAGCUAUUCGAACACUGGAGCGGCUACUUGAAGCAAGUUAUAAAAGACACUUUUGUGAGCCAACUGGCACUUCAUUUUGGCCCUCAUUUAUUUUGGGAGAUACACUUCGCAUUGUUUUCCAGAAUUUGCUACUCGAGUCAAAUGAAGAAAUUUUGCUCUGUUCAGAGAGGGUUUGGAGGCUCCUUGUUCAGUGCCCAGUGGAGGACCUGGAAGCUGCUGCAGUUUCCUAUUUGAAUUCUUGGAUCGAACUUGCAACUACUCCGUACGGUUCACCCUUAGAUUCAGCAAAAAUGUUUUGGCCUGUGGCACCACCUCGAAAGUCUCAUUUUAGAGCAGCAGCUAAAAUGAGAGCUGUGAAACUUGAAAAUGAAUCUUGGAGAAACAGUACCUUAGACUAUGGGCAAGAAAGUGUUUCACAAGAAAGAAAUGGGGAUCCAUCAAGCACUGUUAAAUAUUUUGUUGGUGCUGAUGUUGAAAUGUCAGUUGCUAAUACUCGAGUCAUUACAGCAUCGGCAUUGGGAAUUUUUGCUUCGAAGUUGCGCGAGGGUUCUUUCCACCAUGUAAUUGAUCCGCUAUGGAAUGCUCUGACCUCUUUAUCUGGGGUCCAGCGGCAGGUGGCAUCCAUGGUUGUUAUUUCAUGGUUCAAAGAGAUUAAAUGCAAUGAAGUCUCGAAAACCCAUGCUGUUAUGCCUAUCUUCCCAAAUCAGUUCGAGAAGUGGUUGUUAGAUAUUUUAUCCUGUGCUGACCCAGCGCUUCCUACAAAAGAUUCUGUUCACCCAUAUUCUGAACUCUCAAGAACCUAUGCAAAGAUGCGGAAUGAGGCUGGUCAGUUAUUUCGUGCUAUUGAGUCAUCUGGCAUGUUUGAGAGUACAUUGUCAACUGUAAACAUAGAUGUUGAGAGCUUGAGUGCCGAUGGCGCCAUCAAUUUUGCAUCGAAGUUGCCUUCAGUUUGUAAUGAUAGUUCUGGGAAUGAAUUAAUGGGUCAAAACAUUGUAGUAGAUGAAAUUGAAUCACUAAAGCAUCGAGUUUUGACAACUGCUGGCUAUUUGAAGUGCGUCCAGAGUAACUUGCAUGUUACUGUCUGUGCUUUAGUUGCUGCAGCAGUUGUUUGGAUGUCAGAGCUUCCUGCAAAACUUAACCCAAUCAUUUUGCCUCUCAUGGCCUCAAUCAAACGAGAGCAGGAGGAAAUUUUGCAACGCAAGGCUGCUGAAGCCAUUGCUGAAUUGAUUUAUCAUUGUAUUGCGCGCAAACCUAGUCCUAAUGAUAAGAUAGUUAAGAAUAUUUGUGGUUUCACUUGCAUGGAUCCUUAUGAGACUCCUCAAGCUGCUAUCAUCAGUUCCAUGGAGAUCGUUGACGAUCAAGAUUUCCUUUCCUCUGGGAGUAACAUCACGAGACAAAAGUCAAAGGGUCACGCAUUAGGUGGUGGUGAAGACAGGUCAAAAAUCGAAGGUUUUAUUAGUAGACGGGGAUCUGAACUUGCAUUAAAAUAUUUGUGCGAGAGAUUUGGGCCUUGCUUGUUUGACAAGCUUCCAAAACUAUGGGAUUGCCUAACAGAAGUUCUGAUGCCUGGAAGUUCUUCAGAUGAGCAACAUAUUGCACAACGUAUCGAGUCUGUGAAGGACCCUCAAAUCCUCAUAAAUAAUAUUCAGGUAAUACGAUCUGUUGCUCCAUUACUGGAUGAGACAUUGAAGCCUAAGUUGCUCACACUUCUCCCGUGCAUUUUCAAAUGUAUUCGCCACUCCCAUGUUGCAGUUAGAGUGGCUGCUUCUAGGUGUAUUACUUCAAUGGCAAAGUCAAUGACAACGGAUGUCAUGGCUGCUGUCAUUAAGAAUGCCAUUCCAAUGUUAGGAGAUGUCAAUUCUGUUAAUGCUAGACAAGGUGCUGGCAUGCUUAUCAGUUUACUUGUUCAAGGAUUGGGUGUGGAGCUGGUCGCAUAUGCUCCUUUACUAGUUGUUCCUCUUCUUCGGUGCAUGAGUGAUAUUGAUCAAUCUGUCAGACAAAGCGUGACACGCAGUUUUGCUGCCCUCGUUCCACUUCUUCCAUUAGCAAGAGGUCUUCCCCCUCCUGGCGGAUUGGAUAAAGGUCUGGAGAGUAGUGCAGAAGAUGCUAAAUUUUUGGAGCAACUUCUUGACAAUUCACAUAUUGAUGAUUACAAGCUUUGCACCGAAUUGAAGGUGACAUUGAGGAGGUAUCAACAAGAAGGGAUUAACUGGUUGGCUUUCUUAAAACGCUUCAAGCUUCAUGGAAUCCUUUGUGAUGAUAUGGGACUUGGUAAGACAUUACAGGCAUCUGCAAUUGUCGCAUCCGAUAUAGCAGAACGUCGCACUUCAGAGAACAGUGAGGUUGCUCAGCCAUCUUUAAUUGUUUGCCCGUCAACGCUUGUCGGACAUUGGGCAUUCGAGAUAGAGAAGUAUAUUGAUGUUUCUGUUAUGAGCACUUUACAGUAUGCUGGUUCUGCUCAAGAACGCACAUCCCUAAGAGAACAGUUUGAUAAAUUCAAUGUUAUCAUCACCUCUUAUGAUGUGGUUCGCAAAGAUAUUGAUUUCCUGGGGCAGUUUCUGUGGAAUUACUGUAUUCUGGAUGAAGGACAUGUAAUUAAGAAUGCAAAGUCUAAAAUUACAGCUGCAGUGAAGCGGUUGAAAGCUCAACAUCGCUUGAUACUUAGUGGAACACCAAUCCAGAACAACAUCAUGGAUUUGUGGUCUCUCUUUGACUUUCUAAUGCCAGGAUUUCUUGGUUCUGACAGACAAUUCCAAGCCACUUACGGGAAGCCCUUAGUUGCUGCUAGAGAUCCUAAAUGUUCUGCCAAGGAUGCUGAAGCUGGGGCUCUUGCUAUGGAAGCAUUGCACAAGCAGGUUAUGCCUUUUCUUCUCCGGCGGACGAAAGAUGAAGUUUUGUCCGACUUACCAGAGAAAAUUAUUCAAGACAGAUACUGUGAUCUGAGCCCUGUACAGUUACAACUAUAUGAACAAUUCUCGGGAUCUCAUAUUAAACAAGAGAUUUCAAGCAUGGUAAAGCUAGGAGAUUCAGCACGUCAGGAAGGAAACAGUGCCUCACCAAAAGCAUCAUCCCAUGUCUUUCAGGCACUCCAGUACCUGCUAAAACUUUGCAGUCAUCCAUUGCUUGUUCUUGGUGAAAAGGUGCACGAAACACUGGCAUCCCAAUUGGCUGAACUAUUGCCAAAAGGUUCUGACAUAAUCUCAGAAUUACAUAAGCUGCAUCACUCUCCAAAGUUGGUUGCCCUUCAAGAGAUAUUGGAGGAAUGUGGUAUAGGUGUAGAUGCUUCAAAUUCUGAGAAUGCUAUGAAUGUGGGCCAGCAUAGAGUUUUGAUAUUUGCUCAGCACAAGGCCCUUCUUGACAUUAUUGAAAGAGACUUGUUUCAUUCCCAUAUGAAGAAUGUCACUUACUUGCGGCUGGAUGGAUCAGUUGAAACGGAUAAACGUUUUGAUAUAGUUAAAGCUUUUAAUUCGGAUCCUACUAUUGAUGCCUUGUUGCUUACGACACAUGUUGGUGGACUUGGUUUAAAUUUAACAUCUGCUGACACCCUUAUUUUCAUGGAGCAUGAUUGGAAUCCAAUGCGAGAUCACCAGGCCAUGGAUAGAGCUCACCGACUAGGUCAAAAGAAAGUUGUGAAUGUCCAUCGUCUGAUAAUGCGUGGCACACUUGAAGAAAAAGUUAUGAGUCUCCAAAGGUUCAAAGUCUCCAUUGCCAAUGCUGUCAUAAAUUCCGAAAAUGCCAGCCUCAAAACAAUGAAUACAGACCAAUUACUUGAUUUGUUUGCGUCAGCUGAAUCCAAAACAAAGGGAAGCACGGCCUCCAAGCACCCGGAUGGCAGCCCUCAUGGAGAUCCAAAACUAAUGGGCACUGGAAAGGGGGUAAAGGCCAUCCUUGGGGGACUAGAGGAGCUAUGGGAUCAAUCACAGUACACUGAAGAGUAUAAUCUAACCCAGUUCUUGUCGAAACUAAAUGGAUGAACCAGUUCGCAUUAGAUCCUCUGUGUACAGUGUAUAUUUUCUUGGUGAGUUAGGAAAAGAAAAUUUUGACAUUUUUGACCUUAGGUCUGUUGCUUUAUAUUCUUUGUCAUUUUUCUUUCCCCAUAUUAUUGUUGUUUUGAUUUCUCGUAUAUGAUCGAUUGAUGUGGGAGGCUUCGGAAGAGAUGGUUUUAGUGGUUGGUUCGAGAGCCUGGCACUGUAGAGGGAUAUCGAAAAUGUCAACCCAAAAUGCAUCAGAUGGGAAAGAGGAAAUGUAAAUUUUGAACAUUGUAAAUACAAUCUGCUGCGUAUUCGAAUCACACGAAUAAUAGAUUAUAAAUGUUUUGCAUUUCAGAA